CACCCUUCUUUACAAUCUACCUUUGAGUUUAGGUUUGACUUUCAACACCCACUAUAUAUACCUCUACCCUUCUUGAUCUCCGUAAAACGCUUUCUUCAUAAUUGUUUCCUCAAAUCACGAAAUUCACAUCCAAACCAAACCAAACGCACAACCACCACCACAAUGUUGAUGCUCGUGAACUGUACCAACUGCCAGACGCCGUUACAGCUGCCUCCUGGGGCCCAGUCAAUCCGUUGCGCCAUCUGCCACGCUGUCACCCGCAUCGCCGACCCUCGAUCACUUCCUGCAGCCGGAUCAUCCCACUCCGCCAACAAUUCCCUACACCAACCAUAUCCUCCUCCGCAGUCUUCCGCCGGCACUCCUUCUCCUUACAACCACGCGCCUCCCGGAGCGCCGCCCCAAGUGCAUGGCCGUAAAAGAGCGUUGAUCGUCGGCGUGUCGUAUAGGAACUCAAGGCACGAGCUCAAGGGCUGCAUUAAUGACGCCAAGUGUAUGAAGUACAUGUUGAUUAACCGAUUUAAGUUCCCCGAGUCCUCAAUUGUUAUGCUUACUGAAGAAGAAAUGGAUCCCUACAAGCGCCCUACUAAAUAUAACAUGAGAAUGGCGCUGUAUUGGCUUGUGCAAGGAUGUCAACCUGGUGAUUCACUGGUGUUCCAUUAUUCUGGUCAUGGUUCACAGCAGAGGAACUACACUGGUGAAGAGGUUGAUGGAUAUGAUGAAACUCUUUGUCCUGUGGAUUUUGAAACCCAAGGAAUGAUUAUCGAUGAUGAGAUUAAUGCAACUAUUGUGAAGCCACUUCCUCGAGGGGCCAAGCUCCAUGCAAUUGUAGAUGCUUGCCAUAGUGGAACCGUGUUAGAUUUACCAUUUCUCUGUAGAAUGGACAGACAUGGGAAGUACAUAUGGGAGGACCAUCGUCCUCGAUCAGGAAUGUGGAAAGGCACAAGUGGUGGAGAGGCUAUUUCCUUCAGUGGCUGUGAUGAUGAUCAAACCUCUGCUGAUACAUCGGCUUUAUCAAGAAUUACAUCAACAGGUGCCAUGACUUAUUCUUUCAUCCAAGCCAUCGAGCGUGGACAUGGAAAUACAUAUGGGAACAUUCUAAACGCGAUGAGGUCUACAAUUCGAAACACAGACAGUCAGAUUGAUGGCGGUGUUGUGACAUCUCUAAUCACCAUGCUUUUGACAGGAGGGAGUGUAAGUAGUGGAUUGAGACAGGAACCUCAGUUGAGUGCUAAUGAACCAUUCGAUGUGUAUACCAAGCCCUUCUCCUUAUAAGUAGUGAAACAGUAUAUUUGUGGUGAAGCUCUCGAUUUGAUUCAAGCAGGUGACUCCAGAUGUGUACAGUUUAUGGAGAAAACUCAAUUCUAUUAGGUGUUUGUCUAAUAUUCUGUGCUUGUCCUUUUUUCUCUAUUUUGGGAAUAAGUGAUUGUUAUGGUCUGCUAGACAAAUUAUAUACAUGGUUCAAUUCUUAUUUUUGGUAUUAAACAGU